UCAGGGGGUCCCGGCCCGCACUGGGGGGCUCCGGCCUGGAUUGGGGCGUCCCGGCCUAGAUUGGGGCGUACCAGCCCGGACUGGGGGGUCCCAGCCACGACUGGGGAGUACCAGCCCGGACCGAGCGGCCAGGGCGGUGUAGGAUUUGGGGGUCCCUGUGGGUGCAGCCCCCCGAGGGGAGGAUUUGGGGGUCCCUGUGGGUGCAGCCCCCCGAGGGGAGGAUUUGGGGGUCCGUGUGGGUGCAGCCCCCAGAGGGGAGGAUUUGGGGGUCCCGGUGGGUGCAGCCCCCCGAGGGGAGGAUUUGGGGGUCCCUGUGGGUGCAGCAGCAGGUCCGCAGUACUCAGGACCCCCGGAGGUGCCGCCUCUCGGGUUUUGGGGUCACCCCGAGCUGUUCCCUUUGAGGUGCUCCAAGGGCAGGGGUGCAGCCUCGGGGUGUCGCAGGGUUUUGGGGUUCGUUCCCCUGUGGUAGUGGGUUUUGGGGCUCCCCAAAUUAGUCACCGCAGGAGAGGGUCCGCAAGAGGUCUGGGGGGGCUUUGGUACCCCCAGGAAACGGGGAGGUUUUGGAGUGACACUGAACACCCUGUGUUGGGGUGACCCCAAGGCCCCCUCACGCUUGAGGUGCCCCCGAAGCCCCCUGGUUUUGGGGGGUACCACUGCAAACCCCUUUUUGGGGUGGCCUCAAAGACCCCCGUGUUUGGGAGUGUUCCAGCCCCCCGCUUUCGGCGUGGCCCCAAGACACCCCCAUUUUGAGCAGCCCCCGGCCCCCCCAUUUUUGGAGUGAGCACGACAACCCCCUUUUCUUGGGGGUGACCCUGAAAGACCCCCGGUUUUUGGGGGUGACCCACGGCUGGUUUUGGGGUGCCCUCGGGGCCAUGGCGUGGGCGCUGAAGCUGCCGCUGGCCGAUGAGGUGAUCGAGUCGGGGCUGGUGCAGGAUUUCGACGCCAGCCUGUCGGGGAUCGGGCAGGAGCUCGGCGCCGGCGCCUACAGCAUGAGCGAUGUCCUGGCUCUGCCCAUCUUCAAGCAGGAGGAAUCCAGUUUGCCGCCGGAGAACCAGGACAAGCUGCUGCCGUUCCAGUACGUCCUGUGCGCCGCCACCUCCCCCGCCGUCAAACUGCACGACGAGACCCUCACCUACCUCAACCAAGGUCAAUCCUACGAGAUCCGGAUGUUGGACAACAGGAAACUCGGGGAGCUGCCGGAGAUCAACGGGAAGCUGGUGAAGAGCAUCUUCCGGGUGGUUUUCCAUGACCGGCGGCUGCAGUACACAGAGCACCAGCAGCUGGAGGGCUGGAGGUGGAACAGACCUGGCGACAGGAUCCUGGACAUAGACAUCCCAAUGUCCGUGGGGAUCAUCGACCCCCACGCAAACCCGACGCAGCUCAACACCGUGGAGUUCCUGUGGGAUCCGGCCAAGAGGACGUCGGUCUUCAUCCAGGUGCACUGCAUCAGCACAGAGUUCACCCCGCGCAAGCACGGCGGCGAGAAGGGGGUUCCCUUCCGCGUGCAGAUCGACACCUUCAGGGAGAAUGAGAGCGGGGAGUACACGGAGCACCUGCACUCUGCCAGCUGCCAGAUCAAGGUGUUCAAGCCCAAAGGAGCCGACCGGAAGCAGAAGACGGAUCGGGAGAAGAUGGAGAAGCGAACGCCCCACGAGAAGGAGAAGUACCAGCCGUCCUACGAGACCACCAUCCUGACGGAGUGCUCGCCCUGGCCCGAGGUCACCUACGUCCCCAACUCGCCGUCCCCCGGCUUCAGCAGCUCCCACAGCAGCUUCUCCAUCGGGGACGGCAGUGGAUCCCCGAGCCACCAGCCCGACCCCCCCGUGCCCCUGGCUGACACGCUGCUGCCCACCUGGACCCCGCAGGAGGCGCAGCAGUGGCUGCACCGCAACCGCUUCUCCACCUUCUCACGGCUCUUCAGGAACUUCUCAGGAGCGGAUCUGCUGAAGCUGACGCGGGAGGACGUGAUCCAGAUCUGCGGCCCCGCCGACGGCAUCCGGCUCUUCAACACCCUGAAGGGCAGGAUGGUGCGGCCCCGCCUGACCAUCUACGUGUGCCAGGAGUCCCAGCACGGCCGGGAGCCCCAGCACGAGCACGAGGACGGCGACAGCAGCAGCGGCACCUUCUUCGUUUACCACGCCGUGUACCUGGAGGAGCUGACGGCGGCCGAGCUGACGGAGAAGCUGGCGCAGCUUUUCCGCGUCCCCGCCCAGCAGAUCCAGCAGAUCUACAAACAGGGACCCACCGGGAUCCACGUCCUGGUCAGCGACGAGAUGAUCCAGAACUUCCAGGAUGAAUCCUGCUUCGUUCUGGACACCAUGAAAGCCGAAAGCAACGACAGCUACCACAUCAUCCUGAAAUAGGGGGCCAGGUGAGGGCCAGGUGAGGAGCACCUGCAGCCUCUCAGCAUACCUGGACACCCUGCACAAGGACACAAGCAGAGAUCUGGGAACCCCCAGGUGUUGUUACCUGGCCGCCCUCCUCGCAGGGAACACCUGGAGACCCUCUGGAGAGCCCCCAGGUGUGGUUACCUGGCAGCCCUUGCCACAGGUGACUCCUGGCAUGGACAGGAUGCUCCAUUGCUGGAGCUCUGGGGCACCAGGUGUUCACUCACCUGGGACAGGUGUGUGCAGGUGUGAAGUGAUCUUUUAAGGUCAUCAAGAAUUUCAUAUCCAGAUUUAAUUAUGGAAAAUUGGAGGAUAAAGGAGUA